AUGUUCAAGAUCGGCCUGGAAUCCACUUUCAUAUCUAAUCAGAACUAUUAUAUGCGCGGCGGUAUGUUGACAGCACUCUAUGCCUCUGUAGAAGGAACGCAUAAGAAUGAGGAGGCCGAGUUCCACCUCAAGACGGAUAACAAACUCGUGGGCAGACCACGCAUUCGGCAGGUCAGAGUGCGCGGCGUGGAGUGUGCCAUCCCAAACAGCAUGAAAAAAUACCUAAGUGUAUGCUAUCCGAACUUCGCUGCGGAAUUCGAAUGUACGGCGGAGUUGGAACCGAAAUUUAGGAAAAACGUCACCCACAGCGCGGGCGCGAUUCUUUUUGAAACGCCCUACACCGGUGGAGUGAUCAGCUCGGCCGUUUUUCGGCCUCUGCGUCUCAUUCACGGGAAUGGCGCCACGGCUAAGUGCGUGCUUACAUGUGAGAUUAUUACGUUGGUCUUCGUAGUCUAUUUCGUCAUUGAGGAAAUUCUGGAGCUUAGCCGUCUGGGACUUGCAUACUUCAGGAAGUUUUGGAAUCUCCUCGACCUUACAGUGGUUGCUUUCAGUGUCACCUGUGUCAUUCUACACGCUUAUGGAUACAUACUCGCUCACAAACUCCUGAAGAAUGGUGUAACGGCGGAUGACGUUUACCCCGGAUUUGUGGACGUCGCAUACUGGUGCCUGCAGUACAACCGCAUGCUGGCUCUCUUGGUGUUCUUCGCCAUGAUUAAGGUGGGUUAA